AUGCGACUCGGCCCAGAAGAGCUGCAAAUGACGAAACUCCCCGCCUCACCCACGAUGCGUGUCUCUAGGACACUCCUCAAGAUGUGUGUUCGAGAGCCAACCGAAACCACCAACUCAUGCCACUGGUCCUCAGUGUCUCCCGGUACACCGAAGAAAACCUGGGAUUGCAUGAGUCCAGAUUGCGAAGACUCGAUUGCAUACCAGCCUAAAUAG